AUGGCCCUCUUUUUUGGGAGGUCAGGGUGGUACGACGAGGAUGAGAAUGAACAGGAGGAGGAGGAGGAGGAUGAAGAGCGACAUCCAGAUCCGGAGCAAGUUCAGUGCCCACGGCCUCAAUGCAUUCUCCGGAAUGGCAAGUGGGUGGAGGUGUGGCCCGAACACUGGGGCAUGCGCAUGCAUCAAAUACGGGAGCUCCUCAAUUCCUGCAAGGAGGAUGUUCACUGGCACCAGAGCCAUUCUGUUCGAGACAUGGUGAAUCAGCACUUGCUUCCUCGCACAGCUGGCGAAGGAGUUGGUUAUGCUGUGAAAAUCAAUCGUGAGUCACCUUUGGAAGUUGAUGUUCUCAUAUCGCACUCUUGGAACGAGAAUGCGGAGGAGUUCGUGGAUACCCUCGAGCGGACCGUCGAUCCUGAAGAAGUUCUUUUCGUUUGUGCCUUUUCAAUCUACCAAAAUGAGGACAACGCGGGACCUAGCAUCGCCGAGCAGAUCGGAUCCUCCACGCAGCACAGCCCUUUUGGGAGGGUCUUGUCGCACAUCCAGGCGCGUGGUGCAAGUGCGGGUUUCUGGUGGUGGCCACGACGCACGUUCUACAUGCUGCCAGGCUUAUGUCUGCUGUUGGCGCUUGAGCUCUUUAUGGUAUCUCAACUUCUUUGUGGCGGAGUGGCUGGAAUAGAGAAGCUUUAUGUCUUGGAAGUGGCUUCUGACAAAUACUGCAGCAAUUGGCGGGAGGGGAGAGGCACUUGUUUGGCGAGUCACUGGGUCGUCGCUGACUUGGACGGAUACUGUGCUGCCACCUUCCCUUCGGUGUGGAGCCUGGUGGUAUUUGGCAUCAUUUUGGAAGUGGCCCUGCGCUGCGUGUCUCCCUGGGUCUACAGUGGCCGUAUGGUGGCCGUGCCAAAUUACCAAGACAAUCUCUACCAGAGGCUGUGGUGUGUCUAUGAGAUAUUCAUGGCCACUCAGCUACAGGUUUAUGUCUCUUUGGCGCACACCCUGGCUCCAGCUGGCAAAGUCCAUGCCCGGAACGCCGGUUGCUCCAAUGCUGACGACGAGGCUCGGAUACGAAGGGAGAUUGAGUCCUUUGGAGCCAGAGUUCGUGCAAGGUCCAAGUCAAAGCUUUUCGAGCGCUACGGCACGGACUCAGAGGAGGCUGCCGCAGAAGAGGGCUACCGGCGCGUGGAUGCCUCCAUCACCUGGACUACGACACGUGCGAAGCGGGAAUGGCUGCUGGUCAUCCUUCGUAUUAUACUGCUGGGUACCGCGCUGCAAGGAAGCGUCACUGUCCUCUCCCUAUCUCUGGGCCUCAAAAAAAGAUACUUCGCUCUGGGCUAUAUUUUCGCUUUCUUCUUAUACAUGGCUCUGAUGUGGUCCAUUCUGCGGCGCACUGGAUGUAUUGAACGCCGACACCUGCUGCUCUUAGGGAUGCUGCCCUUUUUGACUGGUGUCAUGCUCGUCGUGAUGGCUGACUUGGUGGCACCCGACUUCGAAAAUCACAGCAUGGAUGUGGUCGCUGCGAUGGGGUUCGUUUUUGUCAUGUUUGGCGUCUCCAGCUUGUUUCUGCCACUGACGAGGAUACGGAAAUUCCGCAAGAACUGGCGACCUGCAUUCCUUUGCAUGGUCGGUGCACUGACAUGGCUCGGAUUCUAUGUCUCCUAUGCCAUCUACUUCCGCAGACCUGCCUGGAGCUUCCAGACUUUGGAUGUGAACUUUGCGUAUCCGUCGCUGAUGCAGACUGCAACUUUGAAUUGCGGUCCGCCGCUGCUUGCAUGCUACAUUUGGUCAUUUUUGCUUGCUUGGGGAGUGCGAAUGCAGAUCGUGCACAAGGAUCCAAGUGUCACUGAACACAUGAUGCAAGGUGUGGUCGAUCUGAGGGCGAACUCUGUCCAGGCCCUGGAGGAGGGCUUUCAAACCUUCCAGGCCAUCCAAUGCGGUGCGUGCUGUGGCACUGUGGACACAGAAACUUCUGACUCGUCCAUGUCGGAGUGGGACGAGGACAGCGAUGUUACUAAUUCAACAAGUGCAUGGUGA